GAGAGAGAGAGAGAGAGAGAGAGAGAGAGAGAGAGAGAGUAAAUGGUGAGGAAAUGAGUUCCAUGAGGCAAAGCAUCUUGAUGGCCUUAACUGUGACAGUGAACAAAUACGCUUCUUCCAACGUUCAAGCCGUUCGUAGAAACGAUUCCAAAGCUGGUUCGGUAACCGCAAACGCAAACGCGGAUUUUGGACCGCAAAGGCGGAAUUUCCUCCUCUCUUCUUCGUUUCUCGCAGCCGUUAACGCACGCGACCAGCUCCUCCAAAAAUAUCUGAAGAAGUCUGAUGAGAACAAAGCCAAGAAUGACAAAGAGAGGCUGGAGAGUUACUACAAAAGGAAUUACAAAGACUACUUUGAGUUCGUAGAAGGAUCUAUAAAAGGAAAGAGGGAAGAAGAGCUCACCCAGUCAGAGAAAAGCAUCCUUGAUUGGCUCAAAUCCAACAAAUGAUUCUUAACUUGUAAUUUCUCUAUAUAUUUUUAUUUUGUUUUUUGUUUAUAGAUUCAAACACCCACGUAUAAUUAUCAAAAUAUUCUUGGUAUUUUCACUUUGCAGUUGAGAAGCUAUGUGUUGACAUUUUCGUUUGGAAAGUGAUGUUUCCCCUA